CCGUCGCUCCCUCGCGCUCCCGGGGAGAACUGCCGCGCUCCGGCUGGCUCCUCCGGCGGCAGCGGCGGCGGGGAGGGAGGUUGGCUGGGCGCCGCGGCCGCCCCCAGCGCAACCCAGGCCCGGGGAGGUGCGGGCGGUUCGGCCCACGCGGGGACCCUGGAGCCGAGCGUGGGCGUGAUGAGCCAGGUGCUGGGCAAGCCGCAGCCGCAGGGUGAGGACGGCGGCGACGACGAGGAGGAGGAUGAGCUGGUGGGGCUGGCGGGCUACGAGGACGGGCCCGGGUCCUCGGACGCCGAGCUGGACAGCGGGCCGGAGGAGGGAGUUCUGGACUUCAGUGACCCCUUCAGCACUGAGGUGAAGCCCAGAAUCCUGCUCAUGGGUCUCAGAAGGAGCGGCAAGUCGUCCAUACAGAAAGUUGUCUUUCACAAGAUGUCCCCGAGUGAGACCCUGUUCCUGGAGAGCACCAACAAGAUCUGCAGGGAAGACGUGUCCAACAGUUCCUUUGUCAACUUCCAGAUCUGGGACUUCCCAGGGCAGAUUGACUUUUUUGACCCUACCUUCGACUAUGAGAUGAUCUUCCGGGGAACAGGAGCACUGAUCUUCGUCAUCGACUCCCAGGAUGACUAUAUGGAAGCGCUGGCCAGGCUCCACCUCACAGUGACCAGGGCCUACAAAGUGAAUACUGACAUCAACUUCGAGGUGUUUAUUCAUAAAGUGGACGGUCUGUCAGAUGAUCACAAAAUUGAAACCCAAAGAGACAUUCACCAGAGGGCAAACGAUGACCUUGCAGAUGCUGGAUUAGAAAAAAUUCACCUGAGCUUUUAUCUGACAAGCAUCUAUGACCACUCAAUAUUUGAAGCCUUCAGUAAAGUGGUCCAGAAACUGAUCCCCCAGCUCCCGACGCUGGAGAAUCUGCUGAAUAUCUUCAUCUCAAAUUCUGGAAUUGAAAAGGCAUUCCUGUUUGAUGUGGUCAGUAAGAUUUAUAUCGCAACUGACAGUGCUCCAGUGGACAUGCAGACUUACGAACUCUGCUGCGAUAUGAUAGAUGUGGUGAUCGACAUCUCUUGUAUUUAUGGUCUCAAAGAAGAUGGAGCAGGAGCCCCGUAUGACAAGGAGUCCACAGCCAUUAUAAAGCUGAAUAACACAACAGUCCUUUAUCUAAAAGAGGUGACAAAGUUCUUGGCGCUCGUUUGCUUUGUCAGAGAGGAAAGCUUUGAGAGAAAAGGCCUCAUUGACUAUAAUUUUCACUGCUUCCGGAAGGCCAUCCAUGAAGUUUUUGAGGUGAGGAUGAAAAUGGUGAAAUCUCGGAAAGCCCAGAGCCGGUUGCAGAAGAAGAAAGGGACUACUCCCAACGGGACCCCUAGAGGACUGCUGUAGGGGAGCCGGAACCCACGCAUGCGUGUGCAACGAGGGUGCCGAGCCACACGGCGCUACAGGAAGGAAGGAGGAGCCUGGGACACUGGCAGAUUUGUUAAGGAAAAAAAUACCCUCUUUUUAAAACAAAAUAAGCACCUCGGAGUAGAAACCUGUACAAUAACAAUAAAGUGAACCCCACUGUACUUUCAUUA